CGGCUCCGGGCCGAGACGGCCGAGGUUCUGCCUGUUCACCGAUACAUGGUUUUCUGCCGUUUCUUGGCAAAAAUGGCAACCAGUGAUGCCGUUCUCAAGAGACUGGAACAGAAGGGUGCCGAGGCAGAUCAAAUUAUUGAAUAUCUUAAGCAGCAAGUUGCUCUUCUUAAGGAGAAAGCAAUUUUGCAGGCAACUUUGAGAGAAGAGAAGAAACUUCGAGUUGAAAAUGCUAAAUUGAAGAAAGAAAUUGAAGAAUUGAAACAAGAGCUAAUUAAGGCAGAAAUUCAAAAUGGAGUAAAACAGAUACCAUUCCCAUCUGGUAUUCCACUGCAAGCUGAUUCUGCGGUUUCCGAAAAUGUGAUACAGUCCAUACCAAUAACAGCCAUAUCUUCUGGUGCCAAAGAGCAGAUAAAAGGAGGAGGAGGAGAAGAAGAAAAGAUGAAAGAGAAAAUUGAAAAGAAAGGAGAGAAAAAGGAGAAAAAACAGCAACCAGCAGGAGGAAGUGCUGACUCUAAGCCUAUUGAUGUAUCCCGUCUGGAUCUUCGAAUUGGUUGUAUCAUCACUGCCAGAAAACACCCUGAUGCAGAUUCUUUGUAUGUAGAAGAGGUAGAUGUUGGAGAAACAGCCUUAAGAACAGUCGUCAGUGGCCUGGUGAAUCAUGUUCCUCUUGAACAGAUGCAAAAUCGGAUGGUGAUUUUACUUUGUAACCUGAAACCUGCAAAGAUGAGGGGAGUAGUAUCUCAGGCAAUGGUGAUGUGUGCUAGUUCACCAGACAAAGUUGAAAUCUUGGCACCUCCUAAUGGGUCUGUUCCUGGAGACAGAAUUACCUUUGAUGCUUUCCCUGGAGAGCCUGACAAGGAGCUGAAUCCUAAGAAGAAGAUUUGGGAGCAGAUCCAGCCUGAUCUUUACACUAAUGAUGAGUGUGUGGCUACAUACAAAGGAGCUCGCUUUGAGGUGAAAGGGAAGGGAGUCUGUAGGGCUCAAACUAUGGCCAACAGUGGAAUAAAAUAAAAUAAAACACUUCAGUUACUGAAAUACAUUAGAGAAAACUUAACAAUAAAAAGAAAUAUAUUUGUCACUUGUACCUAAAAUAUAACUGGCUCAUUUUUGUGUUAUUUCUCUUCUAGACUUGAGUAGUCUUUUACCUGGUAUUUAUUGUUUUCAGUUAAUUAGAGAAACACUACAUUUUUACCUAUGGUUUUUGAUCCUUUAUGAUACAGGAAGGAAUUUGCCUGUGUUUCAUGAUGAUUUAUUUUUUAGUGAGAAUGUUGGCUAGCACAUUGCUUUUUCUUUAUACAUUUAGGUAACUUGAACUAGAUUAACAUUUAGUUUCUUUGUAGGCACAUGUUGCAUGCAACUUGAAACUCUUGUAUUUUUAGUAUCUGUAUUAUAAACGCCCUCUCCUCUUUAAAAAGAAAAGUUAGAAUUUUUGUCAGGCUUAUUAACUAGUCUAUAUUGUAAUGGUAUUGAAAAUGACCAACUGUUGAUUCUAGAGAGCCGAACAACGUGAAAGCUAGGAGACAUGGCAUUUGAACAUUAUUGCUGUUGCUUGCCAAAGUAACCCCAACUUACAUACUUAAGGUGACUUUUUCAAAAGACUGAAACUUCCAACUGUGUAGUGAACUUAUUCUUUCCAAUUUAGCAAAAUAAUUAGUAAUAAAUUUUGACUAAUUCUAAAGAAUAAACACAUUGCAGAGUGUUACCAAUUUAGUUCCCAAUAAAUUGACUGUAAA